AUGACAUUGACCAAGCGUAAAUUCGGACAUGCUUUGAGACAUGAAUUCCUUCUUGAAGAUGGCUACGUGCCCAUGAACCACGGCAGCUACGGUGUUUGCCCAAGGAGCGUUCAAGCGGUGCGCCAUGAAUGGCAACUUAAAGCUGAACAAAAUCCCGACCGGUUCCUCAAAUUCACCCUUUGGCCCGAACUUGAUAAGAUACGUGAACGCCUGAGUCGUCUCGUUCACUGUGAUCGUGAUGAGUUGGUAUUUGUUGUCAACGCAUCCUUUGGCAUCAAUUCAGUCGUACGCAGUUUGAGCCUGAAGCAAGCUGAAAAAGUGCUUGUGUUCAAUACGCUAUACAAUGCAGUGGAUCGCACCAUGGCAUACUUGAAGGACACACGCAACGUCCAGCUGGUGAUGAUCGAGUUGGCUUAUCCAAUGACCGAUCAGCAAGUCUAUGAUACGGUCAAGAGCACCAUUGAUCGUGAACAUGCCAAGGAUCCUGAUGUGCCUAUUCGUAUGGCUAUGUUUGAUGCUGUCAGCUCCGUCCCUGCAGUGCGAUUUCCUUUUGAGCGUGUCAUCCAACUAUGUCGAGAACACAACAUCUUGUCGGUGGUGGAUGGUGCCCAUGCCCUUGGUCAAAUUCCCUUAGAUCUUCAUCAAGCGGAUCCAGAUUUCUUUAUUGGUAAUUGCCACAAAUGGCUUUUUGCUCCCCGUGGUGCUGCCAUUUUGUAUGUACCCAAACGCAACCAAGCUCUUGUGCAUCCUAGCGUGAUCAAUGUAUCGUAUCAAGAUCAUUCUGUGGAUCAAAGCUCCAGCACAUUUUGCGACGAGUUUGCAUGGCCAGGUACAAUUGAUUUCACCAACUUUGUUUGUGUCAAUGCAGCCCUUGAUUUUCGUGAAUCUUUGGGUGGCGAAGAAGCGAUUCAUGCAUACUGCAACAAAUUGGCACGUCAAGGAGGAGAACUUGUAGCCAAGAAAUGGGGCACGCACAUGAUUGAGAAUGAGGAGGAAACGCUUACAGUGGCGAUGGCCAAUGUGCAGCUACCCUUUGAAAACAAGGCUGGAUUAUCGGAUGCAAUCAUUACUCGAUCAUUCUUUCACAAGCUUAUUUUUGAUCAUCACACUACCGGACAACCUUUCAAGCACAAUGGUCACUGGUACCUGCGUCUAAGUGCGCAAGUGUACAAUGAACUUGCUGACUUUGAGCAUUUGGCUGAUGCUGGUCUUCAAGUAUGCAAGGAACUAGACAAUCAACAAUAA